AUGUCCCAGUGGAAACCAAGGGAGCGGGAGCGCAGGAACAGUGACAAAUCAGAAGAUGGAUACCAUUCCGAUGGCGAUUACGGAGAGCACGACUACAGGAACGACAUUAACGAUGAGAAAGAAAGCAAAACCAUCAUGUUACGUGGCCUUCCCAUCACAGUUACGGAGAACGAUAUUCGCGAGCUUAUUGAGUCCUUUGAAGGUCCUCAGCCUGCAGACGUGAGGCUGAUGAAAAGAAAGACAGGUGUAAGCCGUGGUUUCGCCUUCGUGGAGUUUUAUCACUUUCAAGAUGCUACCAGCUGGAUGGAAGCCAAUCAGAAAAAGCUGGUGAUUCAAGGGAAGCAGAUUGCAAUGCACUACAGCAACCCCAGGCCUAAAUUUGAAGACUGGCUUUGCAACAAGUGCUGCCUUUACAAUUUCAGGAGGAGGCUAAAAUGUUUCCGCUGUGGAGCCGACAAAUUCGAUUCAGAGCAGGAGGUGCCACCUGGAGCAGCUGAAGCUGUUCAGUCUGUGGAUUAUUAUUGUGAUACCAUCAUUCUCCGAAACAUUGCUCCUCACACAGUAGUGGAAUCCAUCAUGACUGCCCUGUCUCCGUAUGCGUCUCUGGCAGUCAAUAACAUUCGUCUUAUCAAAGACAAGCAGACCCAGCAAAAUCGAGGCUUUGCCUUUGUGCAGCUGUCUUCUGCCAUGGAUGCUUCUCAACUGCUGCAGAUUUUACAAAGUCUUCAGCCACCAUUAAAAAUUGAUGGCAAAACAAUUGGCGUUGACUUUGCGAAGAGUGCCAGAAAAGACUUGCUGCUCCCCGAUGGUAACAGAGUCAGCGCCUUCUCUGUGGCAAGUACAGCCAUUGCUGCAGCUCAGUGGUCAUCCACUCAGCCACAGACUGGAGAAGGCAGCACCCUUGACUACAGCUACCUCCAAUCAGGACAGGAUGGCUACACACAAUAUGCUCAGUACUCCCAGGAUUAUCAGCAGUAUUACCAAAAUCAAGGAGGGGUGUUGGACACAGACACAGCUACCAUAUCAGGAGCUCCAGUCACUACCACCACAGCUGCAGUUGUGUCCCAGAGUCCUCAGUUGUACAAUCAACAGACAAACUCACCUGACUCUCCGACACAGUCAGCACCACCUACCACGAGCACUCAGGCACAAACAGCUGCCCCAACCGGCGUAGUCCCUGGAACCAAGUAUGCUGUCCCCGACACUUCUACCUACCAAUAUGAUGAAUCUUCAGGAUAUUAUUAUGAUCCUAUAACAGGGCUCUACUAUGAUCCUAAUUCCCAGUAUUACUACAAUGCCUUAACCCAGCAGUACCUUUACUGGGAUGGGGAAAAGGAGACAUACAUGCCUGCUGCAGAAGGUGUCACAUACCAACAAACAACUACCACGACCACCACCAAAGAAGUGAAGGAGAAGAAAGAGAAGCCGAAAAGUAAAACGGCUCAACAGAUUGCUAAAGACAUGGAGCGCUGGGCAAAGAGUUUGAACAAACAGAAAGAGAACUUCAAGAACAGCUUCCAGCCCCUGAGCAACAGGGAGGAGGAGCGGAAGGAGUCAGCAGCUGCAGAUGCAGGCUUUGCCCUCUUUGAGAAAAAGGGAGCUCUGUCUGAGAGGCAGCAGAUAUUGCCAGAGGUGUUGAAAAACGGGGACGAUGACAAUCCACUGAAGCGUGGCCUCGUGGCUGCCUACAGCGGUGACAGCGACAACGAUGAGGACUUACUGGAAAGAAUGGAGAACGAGGAAGAGAAGCUGACUGACUGGAAGAAGAUGGCUUGUCUGCUAUGUAGAAGGCAGUUCCCAAACAAAGAUGCUCUGAUUCGGCACCAGCAGCUGUCUGACUUGCACAAGCAAAACAUGGAUAUCUAUAGGAGAUCAAAGCUUUCUGAGCAGGAACUUGAAGCCUUGGAGCUGCGUGAGAGGGAGAUGAAAUACAGAGACAGAGCAGCUGAGAGGCGGGAGAAGUAUGGGAUCCCUGAGCCCCCUGAGCCGAAGCGCAAGAAGGUCUAUGAUGCUGGCUCAGUUAAUUACGAGCAGCCCACCAAAGAUGGCCUUGACAACAGUAAUAUAGGCAACAAGAUGCUGCAGGCCAUGGGCUGGAGGGAAGGUUCAGGCUUGGGAAGAAAAUGUCAGGGCAUCACAGCACCCAUUGAGGCCCAAGUACGAAUGAGAGGAGCUGGCUUGGGAGCCAAGGGCAGCUCCUAUGGUGUCUCCACUGCAGAUUCCUACAAAGAUGCUGUGCGGAAAGCCAUGUUCGCUCGCUUCACCGAGAUGGAGUGAUGUGCUCUGGCUCUCAGAGCACUGGCUGGCCAGAACUGACUGUUAAAUGCUGUAGCCUUGGUGGCCUGGCUGUAUUCUGGUUAUGGUUUAGAGUUGACCAUUUCAUUCCCUUGGACUUUUUUCCCCUCUUGGCAUGUAACACUUCCAUGAGCAGAUUGUUUGAACUGCCCCAACUUCAUGCU